AUCAGAGACUGGCAAUGGGAGAUAUCAACGGCAGUCCUCAGCCUAGCCUGCACGAUUGCAGUGUUUGCUGUUCUUUUGGUCUACCAGGGAAAACCUACUUCCGAGUGGAAAACACCACAUGGCAUUACCCUCAACACACUCGUCGCCAUCCUGUCAACACUUGGAAGAGGGGCGUUAUUAGUACCAGUAACCUCAUGCAUCAGCCAACUCAAAUGGCUACACUUCAUGGGUUCCCCGCGCCGGCUCCACGAUAUUGAAAUGUUUGACGAAGCCAGCAGAGGCCCAUGGGGCGCAUUCACGUUUCUCUGGAGGCUACGUUUACGAAGUAAGCUUGCGGCUUGGGGAUCGCUUAUUAUGGUCCUUUCUACCGCCGUGGGACCGUUCACUCAACAACUAAUUACAUACCCCGUAAGGUCAAUACACCACGAAAACGCAGAGUUAGGGGUCGCGCACAUCCUUGACUCACGUCCAGAAUAUAAGAAUCACGUCGUCGACGGAUCAGCAUUCAAUGGUAUUUCACCAAAACUUCAAAGUGCCAUUUACAGUGGCCUGUAUAACCUCGGAAAUCCAGUCCAGUUCACCUGUCCUUUCGGAAACUGCCGCUGGAACGCGUUUUCGACCCUCGGAGUGGCCAGCAAAUGCAGAAACUCUACUAUAGGGACACACAUAUCUUGUGAACCUAGACACGGAGGUAAUGUCCUGCAGUAUUGUAACUACACUACACCAAAUGGAUUCCUCUUCAACAUUGUGGAAAGCGGAGUCUUGAUAUCUACUGCAAAGUCUUAUAAUGACCCCUCUGGAAUAUCGCCUAUGAACAGCACAAUCUUGGAACUUGCCGUUAUAAAAGUAGGAUUCCCUAUCAUAGAUCACAUGCCGCCGCGGGUUGCAGAAAUUACAGAAUGCGAAUUGAGGUGGUGCGCGACGACAUUCCUAAACGCCUCUGUCGUCAAUGGCACAUUCCACCCGGGACCUACCUAUACCACAGAACUAGCUUUAACGGAUACAGAAAGAUGGUUUGCAAGCUCGUACAACUUUAAAACAGCCAACGAUGAACAACUAUUUGGCAACCCAAAUUUCACGAUAGGUAGCGAGGAUGAUUACAAUAUCAAAAGCUUUCUUGCCGAAAUAUUCUCGACCGAUAGCUACAAGUCCGUUGGAAUUGUCCUUCGGAACUCAUCCAGUUUCCCGGACCUAAUGGCCAAUAUCAGUAGAGGUCUAACCUAUGCCAUUGGUAGCAACCUUCGUGCCACAACUUUACUUGGCAACUCAACUACAACCGAACAGUUCGUAUCAAUCAGUUGGCCGUGGAUUGCGUUACCCAUGUCAGAAGCUUUCAUGGGGAUUCUUUUUCUCAUCAGUACGAUACUGGUAUCAAAACGCCGAGGCGUGACAACCUGGAAGUCUUCUAGCAUUCUGCCGCUUUUGAUCCAGGUAGAAGGCUGGGAGAAAGAAGACCUGGUUGCUGCAUCUUUGGACGGAAUCGAACGGAAGUCGAAACGUAUGCAUGGCUUAGUGCAAGCUGGAGAG